AUGAGGGUUGCUUCAAAUUCAAGUGCUGCUUCAAUUGAUUUCUCUUUUCAAUGCUUUUUUGCAUUGUACGCUCGCUGUGUAUGUUUUGAACCGUUUCAAGUAAGCAUCAAUGAAACUAUCGAGCCCAUUGAUGUGAAAAGUCGAAAUACAAUGGAGACGAAGCAAAGGAAAGAAGAAAAAAAUCUAAUCAUCGUUUCCGACAGCAAUUACUGGUAUUUCCUGAUCCCCAACAUUCCUGCAUGUUUCCAUGAACAUUUUUUUGCUCCAACAUACAACACACAAUUUCACGCUCAAUUUCAAUCAAUUGUUAAUCCAAUUUAUGGCCUCGGAAAUGAAUGCCCAUCAUUCGGCCACAAAAUUCACAUGAAAUCGAUUAGAGAAUUUCAUAGUAGUCGACGUGGCUUGACGUUAAUAAUGCUUUUGAAGUGA